AUGGUUGCCCGCUACACCCUCAGCAACGCUACCAUUCCCGAUCAGUACCUUGUGCCUCAUUUUCAGAAUUUUGUUGGAGCCCUUUUCAGCAGAGCGGUUUUCUCGAAGAUGGACCUGGUGCGUGCCUUUCAUCAGAUUCCGCUCGCCCCUGAAUAUAUCUCCAAAAGUGUUGUCAAUACGUCUUUUGGCCUUCUUGAAUUCAUCCGGAUGUCCUUCGGUCCUCGUAAUGCCGUCCAAACGUUCCAGAGGUUCAAUGGCCAUGUCUUACGCGGCCUACCGUUUGUUUACACCUACAUCGUUGACCUCUUGGUGGCCAGCCAAAAUGCCGGAGAACACAAAGAGCAUCUGACCUUGGUGUUAGACCACCACGGCAAGUAUGGCGUCGUCAUUAACCCCUCAAAUUGUGCUUUGGUGUGCCUUCCCUUGAAUUUCUUGGCCAUCAUGUUGACCCAGAAGGUUUGCGUCCUCUUCCCUCCGAGGUCGAAGCCACUCAUGAUUUUCCUCUACCAACCUCUAAAGUCAGCUGCAACGUUUUAUCGGCAUGGUCAACUUUUACUGCCGGUUCAUACCGAAAUUUACCAACCUAUGCUGCCACUCACAAACAUGCCUUCUGGUCCGAAAGGUUCCCUUAAGCUUAUUGGUGACGAACUGACUGCUUUCGAGAAAAUCAAGGCCCACCUUGCCGACGCUGCCUUUCUCAAGCAAGCUGCUCUCGAAGCCCCGCUGUCCCUCAUGGUUGACGCCUCAACCGCUGCCGUAGGAGCAGUCCUCCAACAAAACCUAACCAGCUCCACAUGA